AUGCGUGUUUUGCCUCCCACUCCCUCGUGCCAAGCCUGGGGCAGCAAUACGCCUGAGGUGGGGGUGAAUGGAAUUGAGUUGACGUGUGGGUGGAGGUGGGAGGGGAAAACGGAGGGGGGGAGCAGCCCUCUCUUUCUCUCCCUCUCUUUCCUCCCUCUCUUUCUCUCCCUCUCUUUCUCUCCCUCUCUUUCUCUCCCUCUCUUUCUCUCCCUCUCUUUCUCUCCCUCUCUUUCUCUCCCUCUCUUUCUCUUCCUGUCUUUCUCUCCCUCUCUUUCUCUCCCUCUCUUUCUCUCCCUCUCUUUCUCUCCCUCUCUUUCUCUCCCUCUCUUUCUCUCCCUCUCUUUCUCUCAAGAGCUCCGUGUAUUAGAUCCGUACAAGAACAGACAUGCAUAUGGCUCUCUCUUGCUCUCUCCCUUCUCCUCCUCGUCUCCCCCUCCCUUCUCAUUUCCCCCCUCCCCCAUCAGCCUGGGCAGUCUCCUGGAUGUCCUAGGAAGUCGCACUGAUGUGUGGAUGGAAGUGGGGGGAAGUGGGGGAGGGGGGCUGCACGGCACACACGAGGUGGGGGGAGGGGGUGGAGGAGGGGGCACUGGGAGGGGGCUCACCAAGGGAGUGGGGGGAGGAGGGGGGAGAGGGGUGGGGAGAGGGGUGGGGCGGCGACGCUUGCUGGGGCUGAAGGGCCGAUCGGUAGCAUACCUACGUGCUGACAGCUCGGGCCUUCUUGCGUCACCGCCCUGGCUGCCAGCGCUGCAGCAGCUGGGUGUGAGCAAGGGGUACGCGGGCAGGCGACGCGGGGACACGGGUGCAGGGGAGGGGGAUGAGGCCAUCUUUCUUCCCCCGGCACUAACGGACGAAGCUCGCCGCCUCUUCAACGCCUUUGCCCACCGUUUCCGAUGCGCCAUCGGUGCUCCCAUGCCUGCCCACCAUGCCACCUCCGGUGCUGCGUCUAGUGCUACCGCUGCUUCUGUGGCAAGAACUGGGGAGGCAGCAGCAGCAGGGGCAACAAGGGCAGCAGGGGCAGCAGGGGCAGCAGGGACAGUAGGGGAAGCAGCCAUCCCCAUCCCCAUGCCUCGCAUGCCCCCGCACUGGCCAGUGCUGUACCUGCUGCUGCAUGCGUGCGACAAGCUCACAUUCUUUGGCCUUAUCCGCAAUGCCUCCGUGCACGUGCUACAGAGCCCCAUGCACGUGCCCUCUGUGCGCUCAGAGCUGCAUCGCCGCCCAUCCCUGCUGGUGCUAGAGUCGCUGCUGCAUGCACUGGCACGCACCAACCUCCUCAGCUGCUGUGGGGGCAUCGAAGACCACUUCUGCCGCCUGCUGCCUGGGGCAGGGAGUGGGAUUGGAAAGGGGGAGGUGGCUUCUGGUGCAGGUGGUUUUGAUGCAGGCAUGGCUGGGGGGAGUGUGGCUGGGGAUGGUGGGGGGAUGGUAGAGCGAGGCUUGGGGAAGGGAGGGCAGGAGAGGCGAGGAGAAGAGGGUAUGGCACAGAGGCGUGAGAAUACUUGGAGUGGCGCUGGUGGUGAUACUGCUGAUGCGAGUGGGAAUACUGGGAGCACUGAUCUUGGCCAAAGAUCUGUUAACGAGGAAGACUAUGAUGAGGAUGAGGUGGACAGCAGAGGCAAGACAGGGAAGGUGGUGGGGGGACAGGGUGCAGUGGAGGGGGCUGGGUGGGGGGAUGAGUAUGGUGAUGAGGGGGAGGAAUGGGGGGAGGGAGGAGAGGGGGAGGGGGGUGGAGAAGGGGCGACAGGAGGCGAAGAUGAUUAUGAGUAUGAUGAUGACUACUAUGGGGCACCUAUUGAGGAGCUGAUGAGUGACUUGGAGCAUGCCAAUGUGGCACAUGCCCAAGAAGUGCAACAAACGGAUGCGUGA